ACUUAUGCAGAGAGUAUAAGUGUUGUUUAUUCAGAUGGAAUGGUUUCUUCCAUGAAUGGGGCAGUUGAUUCCAUUGUAAGGUCAAAGGUCAUGCCUAAUUUGGUCUGUCUGAUAUCAGGGAUUAGGUUCUCAGGUUACAAUUUCAGGCUGCCAGCUUCUCACUUUUGAUUUGGCUGUUGAAUACAAAGGACGUUUACUCUAUAGGAAUAAGUUUUCAAUUUCAUUUUACACUGAUUUUCUGCUGUUUAAACUUGAGACUCUAUUGUGAAGAUUGUCUGGACUGGAAAUCGGAUUUAUAUAACUUUAUUUUCUCCUGUCUUGGAGACACAAGGUAUUUUAUACAGACUUUCGAUCAUUUCCUAAUAGUGAUCACGAUUAAUCAGAGAACUGUAGACAAUUGACACAAUUCUUUAAAAAACUCAUCGUAAAUUAGUGAUCUCGUACACAUAUUCAUUGCUGUUUAAAUUCGUUAUUCCUAUCACUUCUUGUAUUUCAACAUUGGACUACUAUUUCCAGAAAUUUGAGAACUUGAAUUAGUUUUAUUUAACAGUUUUGGUGAUUUAACGGCUAUUAAAACUUUUAGUAAUUAAUAUCAACAUUGGACUACUAUUUCCCGUAAUUUGAGAACUUUAAUCAGGUUAUUCAACAGUGUCGUAUUUUACGGAUAUCAAAACUUUAGUAAAUUUUAUAACAUGGCUUCUUCGACCAGACGCAACCGUCGUUCACGUAACAGACCACAUCCAUAUAACAACGAAGAAAAUGCUACACAAAGCUCGCAAUGGGAUAUGGAAAAUCCAGAAAAUUGGACAGGUGCAAGAUUUCGGGACGAAUUGCGGAAGUUAGGAAUAAACAUUCCAAAAAGCUGGUCUAAAGCAUUACUUAAACAACUGUAUCUAGACAACAAGGAGCGCCUAUGCAAUAACGAAAUACGAGAAGGUGCACCCGUCGCAGCGGAUGACCAUAUUAGGCAACCAACUAGAGAAGUACUUCAAGACCCGCCCACAGAUGAAGGAAGUUCCGCCCCAUCAACAACGCGCAUGGAUAGUGUAACCGGAAACGACGUACGGGACUCCAAUGUAAACAAUAUGGCCGCUUUGUUUACAUCUACUAUGGUCAACACGUUUACCCAGUGUAUGGCAAGCAUGCAACCAUCCGUAACCCACAUUAGACCAUCACCGGAUUCCUUCAACAAGACCUACGAUCUGGCUAAUUGGUACGAACAACGGAACGCCUCCGAUGUCCCGCUAGUACCAGUUCCUGGUACAACCCAGAGAACCACCGCACAACACAACUUCAACUUUAGUCCGUCGACAAGUGCCUUGCCAUUUUCUCACCAUACCAGUGCCGAAAUGGAUUCAACAAGAUAUGGAGUGAGAUCGGAUUCUUUCACCAACGUUGAUAUUGUGUCGCCGAAUAUUCAAAGGAAUAUUAUUGAGGAUCACCCGUUUUCACAAGCUGGCCCCAAAAGCAGAACAGAGUCCAUGCAUAGUUCCAAGUGCAUCAGAAGUAAUGUGGCACUGAGUGAAACAGUUAGUAAUUUAUGGAAUUUUUCUAUUUCCGAAGGGACAAAAGUGUCAUAUGAGACUGGUUAUAAUCAUUUUUUAAAAUUUUUGCUAUUAAAUGGUAUAAGUGUUACUGACAGCAAGCCUUAUUCAGUGUCAGAAGAUCUGUUGAUAUAUUUUGCUACACAUUGCUUUCAACAUCUCAAACUACAGUACUCUACCAUUAAACUAUACAUAUGUGGAAUUAGACAUAGAUGCUUAAAGGACAACAUAUGUUCUCCUUUCAAUAAUUCCAGUAACAAUUUAGAGAGACUGUCCUUGUUUUUAAAUUCUAUUAAAAGAUUACAGAAACCAAUCAUUAAAGAUCGCUUACCCAUUACUUUUGAUAUCCUUCAACAUUUAUGUGUUAAGCUUAAAGAAGGGAUUUUUUCACCUUUUAUUGACCAGAUGUUAUAUACUGCUUUUACAGUAGCUUUUUAUGGUUUCUUACACUGUGGCGAGUUUACAAUUCGCAGGUCAAAAUCAUUUGAUUGUAACAACAAUUUAUGUAUAUCUGAUGUUUUAUUUUAUUCUGACUAUGUUAUUUUACAUUUAAAGCAAUCUAAGACUGACCCUUUCAGGAUGGGUGUUGAUAUUCAACUUCACAAGCUAAAUCAUGAUUGUUGUCCAUUUAAAGCUUUACAUGAUUAUUUGAUUGUAAGGAACACCAUGUUUAAAUUUCAAAAUAAUAAUGCUUUAUUUAUUGACGAAUCUGGUAAAGCUCUAGAAAGAGAAUUUUUCAUCAGCAAGUUAAAGCAUCUUUUGUGUAUCUGUGGAUAUAAUCCCCAGUCCUUUAACGGACAUUCAUUUCGAAUUGGAGCUGCGACAACAGCUGGAAAAUCUAAUAUUGAGGAUCACUUAAUUAAAACAUUAGGUAGAUGGAAGUCUAAUAGUUAUUGUCGCUAUAUAAGAACUAGUAAAAAUGUAAUUAAAAAAGCACAACAAAAGUUAUCAUCAUGAUUCUUGUAUAUUUCCAUUAGGGAUAUCUUAUGUAAAAUAAUUUUGUUUUUAUUCUUAUUUUAUACCAUAUAGUGUACAUUUGCACAUGUACAAUACAUACCUGUGGAUAUUAAAUAUCUGAGUAUUUAUAUAUCAUGUAUUUGAUUGUUUUAUUUUUAAAACUGAUUCAUAUGAUUAAAUGCAUAGUUAAUUAUUUCUAUCUUUAUUAUCAGUGAAGUAUUGAAGGUGUCCAAGGUGUUCAAUUUAAGUCCAUCCCCUUACAACCACAUUCCUAUUCAAUUCCUUGGGGGUCACUCAGCUGUUUCACAUCUGAUUUUUGGACCAUUACGAAAUUCACCACUGGUUAAUUUCUCUUCUAAUCCCCAAGUAAUUAACUACUUUUCAUCUCUCCACCGUCAAUUCAACCCCUUUUCGUAGCACCCUGCUACGAGAUGAAGCAUCGCUUCAUCCCCUUUUUGGAACCCUCUGCGUUCCAGUUGAUUGGCGGAGUGUCCAUGUCCACGGGGCUUGGCUACCCACUAUACCAAGUGUCGUCGACAGGGCCUGGAGCAAAAUUUUCCUAGCUGAGAUACUGACUCCCAAAGGGCAAACUUAUAUUAUAAUAAAAGUGAAACUUUAUCAAGCCUUUGUUAUCAACAGCCUUAUCAAUUUGUUGAAGUACUUGCGUCAGGUUUAGUCAUUUGUUUGGUUCUGGUUUUUAUAUGGUCAGUAAUUGUGGUUCUUCAUCUAAAGACUAGCCGAGAGACUAGCAUUGGUCCCAUGUGGUAUAUACAUGUACAUGUUUAUGAUGAGUAUGAUUUUCCACCAGCUGUUCCAGGGUUAAAGGGCAACACACAAGAAACUAUCUUAUAGAGGAUCCUCAAACUUAAGUUAGAGGUCUGAAGGUAAUCAUGAGGCACAGUAGUAUCCAGGAUCACAUAGAAUGUGUUAGAGGCGUCACUUGGCAUUCGUCGUCCCUUUUAUGUGCUAACAUGUCAUGUAGGUCUCAAGUCAUCACUAGGCAUCCGUCUGUCAAUAUAACUUAAGAUGUCGUCAUACCCUCAAGGACAA